AAUCCCUGUGAUGUCACCAGUGUUGUAGUGACAACCAGUUCCCUAAUUUUUCUCUCUUAGUGUCCAAAGGAUAUAUCCACAGGCAUGUUUGCCCGUCUUCGCGGGCGCUUUGGGAGAGUUGAUUUUGAUGGAGAAGAGUCUAGAGUGAAGCAAACGAAACCUAAAAGUAAUGAUGGACACAGGACGUGGUCAUGUGGAAUGUGGAAGGCCUGCAGACAGACGUCAUCCCCUGAAACUGUCCUAAACAAGGUGCAGGGCAACGAGGAAGAGGAGAGGCUGAUUAGAGAGCUCGAGCUAACUACCAAGGAGAGAAAUGAGCUGAAUGAUCGCCUCCUUUAUGUGACAGAUGUAUCCAUGAACAAGAGCCCCUACUUCAGGCCAAAUCCAUUUUAUGAAAAAUUGAAGAUAAAGGAGAAAGAGGUCAUGUCAUUACUGCACAACUUAGAGAUAAAGAACACUGAACAUUGUCAGAAAUUUCAGGAGCUCAAGAAGGAGAUUAACUUCUAUCGCAACCUGCAGAGCCGGCUCCUGAUGGACCAGGCAUGCAUGAAGAAGAAGUUGGUCACAUUGAAGCAGGAGAGCAAGGAGGUACAGCGGUACUUGUUUGAGUUGAACCCGAAUGAUGAAGACGAACAGGAGAAGACCAGCAUCCUCCAGACCCAGCAAAAUUUGGUCUCAGAGAUGCAGGAGAGAUGGAAUAGGACACAUCCCAGGAAGACGGCCACCUGAAGAAUGAGUUUCUUUCUCAGGAGUUCCCUGCUGACGACCAUCGUCAAGUGCCAAAGCCUUUUUUGGGUGAAUGUUCCUCAUCUCAGUUAAUUUUUUCAAUGGUUAGAGACCCUAAAUUUAUCUAUCAGUAUGCCAGCCUGUCUGACUGAGGUCUUCAUCCCUUUCUCAUAUCCACAACACCGUUUGAGAGACAACUGAGGGGACUUCCUUGACAUCUCGUGUCCUACAACAGAAACAGCAGUACAAUUGUUCUUCUAAAUGUCCAUCAUAAAACGUUAAGAAACAUUUUUGGUUAUGAUUUUCAUUGAAGUUUGAUUUUUGUUGUUUCAUAGUUAUAUAUUCCUGUUACUUUUUUUCAUUUUUGAUAACACUUUAGUUGUUCAUUAAGACUGUUUUUUGUUAAUUGUAUUCCUUAUGAAUAAAAAUUGAUUUGGAACUCUUGACUCUUAA